AUGAACGUUAGCGACCCGCGAGUGGGCUCAGCCCGCGAUAAUUCCACGGCGCCAGGGGUUUCUCGGAUAGGCUCUGGAACGAACUCAGCAUCGGUGACAGGUCUGCUUGCUACAUUGAUUCCUGUUGGGAUCUGGACAGCAAUUUGUGUGCUCAUCUUCGUUGUCUUGCGCCGCAAAUGCCACCGAGUUUAUGCGCCUAGGUCUGUAUUGAAGAGCCUGGAACCACACGAGAGGAGUGCGCCGCUUCCAACGGGAUGGUUCAACUGGUACACUACAUUCUAUCGAGUCCCCGAUGCAUUUGUGCUCAACCACUCGUCUCUGGAUGGCUAUCUAUUUCUUCGUUUCCUUCGCGUGUUAGCCAUCAUCUGUGUUGUGGGAAUCCUACUGCUGUGGCCAAUUCUAAUCCCAUUACACAUUACUGGAGGUGGAGGGAAUCAGGCAUUGGACGCUGUGACUAUUGGUAAUGUCGUGAACCCCAACCGCCUCUACGCUCACACGGCCCUGGCAUGGGUCUACUUCGCGUUUAUCCUAUACAUGGUGUCGCGAGAAUGCAUCUACUACAUCAAUCUACGACAAGCGUAUCUGCUGUCCGACUUCUACGCAAAUCGGCUAUCCUCCCGCACAGUGUUGUACAUGAAUGUUCCUCGACAAUAUCUCGAUGAAGAACGCCUUCGGUGGAUGCUAGGUAAAUCCGUCAAAAGGAUCUGGAUCCCCCAAACUAGCGACGAAUUGGACAGGCUGGUCAAAGAACGCGAGCAGACAGCCUUACGACUUGAAAAGGCCGAAUUUUCCCUCAUCCGUAUGGCAAACAUUGCUAGGGCAAGAGCGCUCAAAAAGCAGAGAGGAGGUGGGGAAGAAAAGCCUCACCACCCUCCAUUCGAGCUCGAGUCUCCAGAGGGAUAUCCUGGUUCAGACAGGAAAACCUUACAGUUUACCGAGAAUCCUGAAUCACCCUCGAGCACAUCAACAUAUGCUCGCGAGCCAACUCUGCCAGAUGUUGCCGGAUCAGUCGCAUCUAAGUGGAUAUCACAUGGCUCACGUCCCCGUCAUCGACCAAUUGGAAAUGCUCUGAGAAGUGUUGACACGAUAAAAUGGUCACGGCUUCAAAUUAAAAAGCUCAAUUCCAAGAUCCGACAGCAUCGGCAUCAGCAACUAUUCAAAACCAAUAACUUCAUGCCUUCCGUGUUCGUGGAAUUUGAAACUCACACGGAUGCUCAAGAUGCUUACCAGACCUUGACUCACCAUCGUCCACUUCACAUGGCACAGCGCUACCUUGGUGUCCGACCCUUUGAGAUUCUCUGGGACUCGCUGUCCAUGUCUUGGUGGCAGACGAUAAUACGAAGAUUUUCCAUACAAGCAUUUAUUUGUGCUAUGAUCAUAUUCUGGGCCUUACCUUGUGCUGCGGUCGGUACCAUUUCGAACAUCCAAUAUCUAUCAGAGAAGGUCCCCUUUUUAAGUUGGAUCGGAAAUCUCCCUGCGUCCAUCAAGGGAGUCUUAAGUGGAGUGAUUCCGGCACUAGCACUGUCAUUUCUGAUGAGUAUUGUGCCUGGAAUUUUGAGAUUCCUUGCCAAGUUGGCUGGAAUACCAACACUCACCAUGAUCGAACUGUUUGUACAAAACGCAUAUUUCGCCUUUCAGGUGGUUCAAGUCUUUUUAAUCACGACUUUGACCUCAGCAGCCUCCGCCGCAAUUUCUCAACUACUUUCCGAUCCAACGCUGGCGAAAUCCCUGCUGUCACAAAAUUUACCUAAAGCGUCCAAUUUCUAUCUCAAUUAUUUCCUGUUGCAAAGUCUCGUUAUUGGGUCCACCCACCUGGUCCAGAUGUUCAACAUAUUCAAAUUCCAUGUUUUCCAGCGCUUUGCGAAAGAUGCUAGGAAGACAUAUAUGAAAUACCACCGUCUAGAGAAAGUCCACUGGGGAGGCGUUUUCCCCGUUUAUACCAAUCUGGGCGUGAUCACUAUCACGUAUUCCCUGAUUGCACCAGUUAUCCUCGGGUUUGCUCUUCUCGGCGUCGCCUUCGUACAUGCCGUAUGGAGAUACAACCUCAUUUAUGUCUACGACUCCGAGAUAGAUACUCGAGGGCUAGUCUAUCCUCGAGCGUUGAUGCAGUUGCUUCUCGGGCUCUACUUCUCGGAAGUCUGUCUUAUUGGCCUGUUUACACUCAAAGGCGCUUUCUUUCCAGUUGUAUUGAUGGCAGCUUUAUUAGUAAUAACGGGUUUGGUCCACCAUUCCCUAAUUAACGCACUGGGACCGCUUCUGUGGAGCCUGCCGAAGAGCCUGACGGCGGAGAAGGACCAGCCACUGAUGCCAAAUGCAAGCGCUCAGGGACUCGGUCGUGAUGUUGAAGAUCCUGAACGUUUCCGCAGAAGGAAUACUGACAUAGCCGACGACGACUCAGAUCACGAGGCUCAGCACGAAGUUGGAGCAAGUAGGGGAGUAGAAGGUCUCGAUGGCGCCGUGGACACUCUCAAAGGCGGCUUCAAGGUUUCAAUGAAGAAGAGGAUCAAUGCAAGUCUGCCAGAACUCAAUGUCGGACUGGGAGCACUGGCUUCUUUCUGGAGACGAUGGCUGUCUCCCGAUCCCAGUGCGAAAUCCAACUUCCUACUCAGAUGGCUGCAUCCGGAGGUGUACACAGACUACACCAUACUCCGACGAAUGGUACCUACUGACUUGCCGGAACCAAAAUAUCCAGAGGACAUUGAACAGGAUGUCUACUAUCCUCCAUCAUUCAUUGCCAAACCUCCCCGCCUGUGGAUCCCACGGGAUCCUGCCGGCGUUAGUCGACAAGAGGUCGAACACACGGAGAAGACCAUUCCGAUGACUGAUGAGCAUGUAUCUAUGGACGAAAAUGGGCGAUUAAAGAUUGACUUGGAAUCCAGCCGACUUGUAUUCGAUAUUGACCGGUUACGAUACUGA